CCGCAGCAACGUUGGGCUUUUGUUGCAAGCCGACAGGAAACCUAGAUUUAAGGAGAAAUCAGUGAACAAACACUUUAAGAGCGAUUAAUUUUUGCAACAUUACAUACGUUCUGUCGAGUUCUGAGAUUCCGAUUCCGUUCUUUGGAUGGCUAAAAGUUGUGAUGAAGUGGUAUAUUCGGAAAGGAGCCAAAUUAUCAAGGAUAUAUCGGCGAGGUAUCCUUGUCAUGAGAAGAUCAUCCACAAGCUAUACAAAUACUAUGGCAGUGGGGAUCCCUUUCCGCCCGCCCUGUAUUUGUAUGGCCACGGUGUUACGGGCAAAUCGUCCAUUCUGGAGUCUCUGUUCGCAGAAUUAGGUGGGGUGCGCUAUUUGAAACUCAAUGUGAUUGAAGCGUACUCCAACAAGUUGUUGUUCGAAAACAUCGCAUUUGGUCUGCAGGAUAUUCGGCUUUCUACGCACAAUGGCUACACCUACGCGCACAGGCUCGAGUACACGAAGGAGUUUCUAACUGAACUUCGUCGUCUCGAUCGGUCACUCGCAUACGUGAUCGUGAUCGAGAGUGCGGAACGCUUACGUGACGCGGACCAAAACCUUCUGCCGAUGCUACUGCAGUUACCUGAAGCCACUGGCCAAAAUAUUUCCGUUGUGCUGAUGUCGUCAUUACCGUUUGAGAAGUACUACAUUAAAACAGGCAUGCCCUCCAUUCCUAAGCUGUUUGUACCGGCGUAUUCGCGUGACAGCAUGCUCAAAAUUCUCUCGAACGACUUUCACAAGAUUAAACUGGAUGCCCAGAAGCUCGCCCAUCUCGCUGGCCUCGAGCACAGACUCGAACUUAUCGAUCGUACGGUUACGCAAGAGUUGUACUCCAACUUUGUGCACCUAUUUCUCAGCACCUUCUGGAAGGUGUGCCGGGACGUGGGUGAGUUACGCCUAGUAGUGAGCCAAUGUUUUCGCUACUACUACGAACCGGUCAUUGAGGGAACAAUCGAAGCCAAUGACGCAUUGAAAUUGUGGCGCAACAUCAGCAUGGUACUGAAGACGACUUUUACUACCCUGUACAUGCGGCUAGGUAGCAGCAAUCUGGAUGUCGACUACUGUCACUCGCAAAUGCAUUUAGUGCAGCAGCUGGAGCUGCCGUAUUACGCCAAAUACUUACUCAUUGCGGCAUACCUUGCCAGCCACAACCCGGCCAAAGAGGACAAACGGCUGUUUCUCAAAAGCCACGGCAAACAGCGGAAGCGAAUGCAAACAGUGAAUGCACGGGCGAAGGUGUCGGAGAAAAUGGCCGUUCAACUGGGACCGAAAGCAUUUGGGAUUGAUCGACUGUUAGCUAUUUUUUAUGCCAUCCUGGACGGGGAGAAGGUUGCCGUAACUUCCAACCUGCUGACACAGAUCGCAACCCUCGUUCACCUGAAGCUGCUAGCAUAUGUCAGCUCGGCUGAUGCGAGCUUGCUUGACGGUACAGCCCGGCUGCAGUGCACAGUUGGACUCGACAGUAUCCUGCAAAUUGGUCGGAUGAUUGGCUUUAACGUGCGUCAAUACUUGUGCGACUUUUUCUAGUUAACUAGCGUUAACUAGAUGAAUAGUUUCGAAAAGCGUUGAAAAGCGGCUUCGUUGCGGUUUCAAGUGAUUCAUUCUACAGCAAGAUACCAUACUGCACACCGCAGGCAUCGAAUGUGGCGAUUAUGGCGUCCGUUGACACUAUUGUGCAUAUGCUGUCGAGCAAGGAUAGAUCGGCUUCGCGUAGUCCAUGAGCGAUAUGCUUUGUGAGAUCGUCCAGCUCAUGCUGUCGAACGAAAUCUGUCGUAAAAGGAGAGGAGAUGAAACGGUGUUAAUAA